AUGGUGCAAGGCGGCUAUGGUGGUGUCCUUGACACCCCGAGGACCAACAUUGGAGAUGCUACCUACCUAAGCCGAGGGCCAGAUUUUGCCGAUAUCUCCCAGGAAGCUUCUUUUCACUCGCCAGAGAAGGAGAGCGGCAACAUUUUGCAGCAGCUUCGCAACGGACGCUCCAACGGCAACGGCGUCAACAUCCGAACACCUCGUCGCGAUCCCCUGACAGACCGAAACAAUUUGCCGCCCAGCAUAGGCGGCGCCGAGUUCACGCCCUUGCUCAAGUCAGCUACGAGAAAUAGUGUCCGCCGGCAAGGAGGCAAGGAGAAUGGCGCCAUGAGCCUGACGCCCAACCUGAGCCGCAUCGACGAAAACGACUUGACGCCAGUGCCACGGAUGGACGCUUCCAUGUACUCUUCGUCACGUAACCAGUCAUUUCUCGACCAUACAAUUCCGCAGAUCGACAGUAGCAGUGUUACUUCGACUCCUCUAGCGAUUGCAACAAGACGUGGUGGUGACAAGGGACCGUUGCAAGAUGGCAAUCAGCUUUCGCUCCGAGAACAAGAAAACGUCAUCGACAAGAUUGAGAAGGAGAACUUUGGCUUGAAGCUCAAGAUUCACUUUCUUGAGGAAGCCCUUCGGAAGGCCGGCCCAGGGUUUCACGAAGCGGCUCUGAAAGAAAAUACCGAACUGAAAGUGGACAAGGUCACCAUGCAACGGGAAGCUCAUCGCUACAAGAAGUCUCUCUCUACAGCAGAGCGCGAGCUAGAGAUAUGCCGCCAGCAAAUACUCGAGCUGCAGAGCAGAUCGUCCCAAGGCCGAGAGGACACAGUUCUCCACACCGAAAUGGAAAGCUUACAACAGCAACUUGACGAUAAGGAGGAAGACCUUCGCGACUUGCGUCGCCAAGUCACUGCAGGGCAGGGAAACCAAGAACAGCUAGAGAAGCUUCAAGAUAACAUCGAGGAUCUGGAGGCGGAUCUACGAGACAAGGACCGCCAGCUGACGGAACGAGAAGACGAAGCUGAAGAUCUUAAAGAUAAGAUUGAAGAAGCCGAAGAAAGAGCCAGGACGGCGGAGAAGAGGGCAGAGGAACUCGAGGAAAACGGACAGGAUGGUGAGGAGCUCGAGGAAGCGAAAGAAACGAUACAAGACCUGGAACAGAGCAUUCGUCGUCUAGAGGAGCAAGUCGACGAACUCAAUGACAAGCUCGAAGAAGCCGCGACUCAAAAAGAUCGAGCUGAGCGAGAUUUGGAGGAACUUCAAGAAGAAAUGGCCGACAAAUCUGUUGUCUCAAAGGGCCUCUCUCGACAAAUAGACGAGAGAGUAACCAGACUGCAGGAUGAGCUUGACAAGGCCGGGGAAGACUACGCUACACUGGAAAAGGAGUAUACUGAAGCCAAUGGAGAAAUUGAUCAGCUCAAGAACAAAGUCGACCAGCUGGAGCAUCAACAAGUAACCACGCGACAAGGCAACCCAGAAGCAGAGGCCAGGAUCAUGGAACUUGAAGCGGAACUACAAGCCCAGGUAGACGAAAAGGACUUGAUACAGGCGCGAUACGAUACCCUGGCUGCAGAAUCGACCUCGCUGCAACAAGAUGCCCAGCGCCUGCAAAUAGAGGUCGAAGAGCUUGAGAGCAGCGUCGCCAAGGAAAGAGACUAUGCUGUAGAGGUCGAAAAGGACCUCCGCGGACAGUAUCAGGAUGAGCUCGAGCGGCUGAAUGACGACAUUUCCGACAUGCAGGCCGAGAUACGCGAAAAAGAUAACAUAUACGACAAUGACAGCGAGAAAUGGGAGACGGAGAAGCAGACCUUGGAAGCAGAGCGCAAUCGCGCUGAGCAAAAAGCUGCCGGACUUCAAAGGGCAAUCGACCGCCUGCGCGAAGCGGAAGGAUCUCUACCAGACCGAGGCUCCAAACUCCAGGAUACUCUCAAGAUGGAGGAGGAGCGCCACCGAAGCGAAGAGGCAGUCAUGACAAGACAAAUUGACGAUCUCCAGGAUGCUCUGGAGACUCGUCAGAAGAUGUUGACUGAGCUCCGGAGCGAGCUCUCUACCGUGCGCGACGAUCUGAGACAAACCCAAGUCGACUACCAGACUCAAGCCAAUCGGGUCAUCUCUCUGGAGGACCAAGUUGAAACGCUGCGCAACAAGUCAGUCGUCAUGACUACGCCUGGUCGUAGCGAUGCCGAAGCUCUGAAGCAUGAGUGUGAGAGUCUGCGCGAGCAGCUCCACACAUUACGCCUGAGCACUGAAGGAUCUCGAGGCGCCGCUGACACUCCCACGCGCGGCACGCAAACGCUAGCUCGCCUCAAAUGGCAGCUUACGGAUGCCAACACCAAACUUGACAAGGUGUCCUCAGAAAAGAGAUCUAUUGAAGAUAACUUGGCCUCGAUUCGAGCUGAGCUCCGCAAUACCCAGACCUCGCUAGCUGAGGUCAAGGCCGAGCGCGAUGAACUGGAUAGCGAGCUGCGCCACGCAAAGCUUCAUGAUAACGAUACACUUCGUGUAGAUCAGGAGCGGCUCGAUCUACGCACUGCAAAGCUCAAACUUGAUAGCGAAGUGCGCCGUCUGCGUGACGAGAAUAUGGCGCUUUCAGAACAGCGGCAGUCUGUUGAAAAGUCGCUUGAAGACGAAAUUGAGAAGGCAGCAGCUGAGGAGGAUAGACUGAAUCAGGAAAUCAUGCAACUCCAUGCCAAGUUACGGCAGGCGUCAUCCACUGAGACGGUGGACAACUCCACGACUCGCCGUACCAUUCGUGAUUUGGAACGUCGCGUUGAGGAUUAUCAAGCGCAGCUAGCCUCUGCACAGGCUCUCCUAGACGGCGAUGGUAGCAACGAAGUGUCCAUAAUACGGCGCGACCUGACCAGCGCUCGUCAGAAGGAGGUCGAGUUUUUGCAACGUGAGACAGCCAGCAAGGACAUCAUCAAGGGUCUGCGCCGUGAGGUCGCAGAUCUUGAGAGCAAGCUCCACGACAACCAAAUCUCGCGCUUGAUGGGAUCACCCAACGGCAGCCAGACGGCCAACGCAACAUACGGCGGCUCGCAGGUGAUUGCUGAGGAGCUGCAGCAGCAGCUCGACAACGCCGAAGACCAGCGUGUGGUCCUCGAGGAGUUCUUAGAGGAGGCCCGCCAGCAGGCCGAGGAAAUGGCCGACGAGCAUGCGCAGUCUCUGCAGCGCCUCCAGCACCAACUCGACAAGACGAUUCGUGACCGCGACGCCGCUAUCGCCGCCGCUGCUGCCACGUCACUUUCCUCCAAGAGUAAAGACGCCAACAGCUACAGCAGCAGUAAGAAGGACGCCAAGCAGCUGCGCAAGACGCAGGCCGAAAUCGAUAACCUGGAGCACGACGUGCGUCAGCAGCAGGCCAUUAUCGAAGGCCUCGUGAGCUCCGAGGUGGCGCUCCGUCGGAAGCUGGAGCGCACCCGCAGCGAGCGCGCCGCGUAUCGCGUCAGCGCGGAGAAGCUGCAGCGCGAGGUGGCCAGCCUCCGCCGCGGGACAGGCCUCGUCGAGGCGGAGACGGCGCUCGAGACGGUGGUGCGCGCCGCCGACGGCGCGGAGGUCCGCCACCGCAAAGAGGUCCGCGGCAUGGUGAUGCAGAUGGAGUGGAUGCAGGCGCGGUGGGAGCGCGAGGCAUCGAUGCGCACCGACGCGGCAUACGCCAAGAAGUUUAUCCAGCUGCAGCUGGAUAUUGCGAGCGCUUGCAACAAGGCACAGCUGCGCGAGCUCGAGCACAUUCGCACCAAGAUCCUCCACAGCCGCAAGCCGCUCCUCACCGGCGGCGGCGGCGGCCCGGGGUCCGCAGGCGACGACGAGCGCCGCAAGCCAACCCUGCGGACGUUUAUCGUCAUGGCGCGCUUCGUCGCCCGGAUGCGCCUGUCGGCGCGCCGCUGGGCGGAGCAGGAAGACGUCCGGUGCAGGCUGGUCGCGGCCACGGAGGAGAGGCGCAAGGCCAAGCGCUCGCGGGGGCUCAAGGUCGUGCGGGUGGAGGACACGGGCAGUGUGGUCGCAUAA